AUGCCUCCUUUCAACGAAGAAUCUAAGACGGAUUUCGUCCUGAAACUCGGCACUUUUAGGGAAGUAGAAGUUUCUAAACUUGAACACCUUUUUUCGGAAAAUAAAUUUAAAAUGGGAAAAAAUAAUAAUGUUAUCAAUGCUUUAAGAAUUGAACAACAGUGUUGGGAAUCGCAAUCGAAUAUUUUCGGUGUACCGGAGAGAAAGUUGCCAGCUCUCUCUCUCUCCCCCUCUUCCUCUCGUGCUGUACUCGAUCUUCAAUUCGAUUGGGUUUCUGCGCUCGCAGCAUAA